CAGAGUGACGUGUCAGCUAAAGAUGGCUGCGCCCAGGCAAAUGGAGCCAAGGUGGUAGUGAGACCCGAGCGGCCCAGGAGGAAACCCGGAGCCGGCUGCUGGGAGGUAGUGUUUUUCUGGGAAAAGAGGUUCAAGAUGGAUCAUAAACCAGACGAUACUCUCAAGGAAAACUUAGUUUUUGAUAUCAUAACCAGAAAAAUUAACCAACUUCCAGAAGCAGAUAGGAAUGUCCUUGAAUAUGGAUCAACAUACGUUGGACUUAAUGCUGCUUUUUGUGGUCUAAUAGCUAAUAGUCUUUUUCGACGUGUCUUGCAUGUUACAAAGGCUCCAGUGGCAUCUGGCUUACCAAUGGCAGUGAUCCCAUUUUUGACAGCUCAUGUGGCUUACAAAGGUUUUGUAAGUUUACCUUUGAGUACAGGUGAUUUGAGUUGUGAAACCUGUACUGUGACACGGGGUGGACUGAUUGGUUUAGUUGUGGGUAGUCUGUACCCUAUUAUCUUGGCUAUUCCUGUAAAUGGUGGUCUAGCAGCCAGGUAUGGAUCAGCGCUGCUACCAGAUAAAGCAAACAUCUUAACUUACUGGAUCAGGAUUUCUAAGCCGGUCUUUAGAAAAAUGUUAUUUCCCAUUUUACUUCAGACUGCAUUUGCAGCAUACCUUGGAUCUAGACAAUAUAAACUACUCAUAAAGGCUCUUCAGUUACCUGAGCCUGACCUAAAAAUGACUUCAAACUAAUAAAAUAAAUUGGUGAAAAUAGCCUGUC